AUGGCUUCAGCCUGCAGGCAGUUCGCCAACAGAGCAUCCCUAUCGUCCAUUCGAUCCGCCAUCAGAUCGAACGCCCCAAAAUCUCCCACCUCACGCUUCCCUCUCCCGACAUCCACACCCUCUAGUCCUCUUUGCCGUUCCUCACUCUCAAGGCCUCCGGGUGCACUGGGAUGCGUGCAAUCACUACUGCCACUCCACAGCGCGGUGGCGGCGGCGAGAAUGACGUCGUCUCUGAGCAUCACAUGGAGGAGUUGCCGUGCGCUCUCACAGGGUACUCUCUGCCGCACCUCUCCCGGCCUCUAA